AUGAAGAAGGAUGACAAGAUUGUAGUUUUGUUGAUCUAUGUUGAUGAUUUGUUGAUCACUGGAAAUGAUAAUUGUUUGAUUGAUGACUUAAAAAAUCUUAUGAACAAGAAAUUUAAGAUGAAGGACCUUGGUGAGUUAAAGUAUUUUUUGGGUCUCGAGGUUAUGAGAUCAAAAGAAGGAAUUUUAAUCAAUCAGCGCAAGUAUGCCCUUGAAUUGAUUGAGGAAACAGGUGUAAGCGGCUCAAAACCAGCAAAGACACCUCUUGAGCAAAAUGCAAGGCUCACCACAACAGAAUAUGAUGAGUUAAGCACUAAAGAGAGUAAUGGAGUUGAUGAAAAGUUACUAGUAGACAAGAGUGUUUUUCAAAGGCUCAUUGGAAGGCUAAUUUACCUCACACAUACCAGACCAGAUAUAUGUUUUGUUAUACAUCACUUAAGUCAGUUCAUGCAACAACCAAAAGAAUCUCAUUUGCAAUCAUCAUUGAGGAUAGUGAGGUAUAUCAAAAGGAAUCAUGGUCAAGAAAUUCUGAUGGAUUCAAGUAGUAGAUGUGAACUUAAGGCAUUUUGUGAUUCAGACUGGGCAGCAUGUCUUAAUUCAAGGAAGUUUGUUUCUGGUUUCUGCAUCAAGCUUGGGAGUUCAUUGAUUUCAUGA